AUGCUCGUUUGUUGUUUUAAGACUUAAAAUUGUGAACUCGUCUUUUAACAUCACAAACGUAGCGUUUAAGAGUGAAAAGCUGGAGGAGGAAUCCCCAUGCGGCCUUUUUUGAGCAGAUGAGUGGACAUCAGGUUUGAGAAAUCGUGCAUGUGUAACGGUCACCUGAGGUUAAACUGCGGAGAGGCUGCUUUGUGGCUCCGAGCCAGAUAUGACGGAGUUUACCGAUGCUUCCCGAGUAUCGCCGAUCUCUAUUGGUCCACAAACCCGACAUCAACCGAAGCUCUCCAUCAACUCCCGAUCCCAUUGAAGUCUGUUGUUGUCGGGGGUUGGGGGUGAGGGGCUGGACUAAAUUUAUGAAAUAGAGAAGAAAAAAAAAAGAGGCGAUAUCCAGAAAACCAUCACUCCUGAGCCCCUCCCUGUCCAGUGAUUUUCGGCUUCAAGGCUUGACAAAGAGACCAACUCUUCAAGAUGAAAGUAAUCAGCGCUGCAGUGCUUAGCGCCCUGUUCUGCACUGUUGUGUCAGCAUCUUUGAAAGUCAAAGAAGAACACAGGACGGCCUUUUUCGGUGAGGACAUUCACAUCGACGUCCCGUCCGGCAACGUCGGAGAGGUUGUGUUUAAAUCCAGGAUCAAUAAGUCCUCUAACGUGGUUCUGCUACAAGCGGGCCAAGUGGUGAACCCACGCGGCAGCCUCAAUACUCUGGGCCACUUGGUUCUGGAGGAUGUACAGGAGGAGGACGAGGGCAUGUACAUCAUCAAGAACACCAACAACACCAACGCAGAGAAGCACCUCAUCCUCGUUGUUAGAGACUGUGCUGUGGAGCAGGUGGUCAAGUAUGGAGACCCCUACUACAUUCACCUCAACCACGUUGAAGGCCCGAUCACCCUGGAGUUCAGGCCCAGUCUCGUCCAGCAGACCAAUCAGUCUGACAUACAGCAUGCCACAGAGCCUCCAGCCGUGGUGCUGUACAACCAGACGGCGGUGACAGCAGAGGAAUAUGUGGGACGUCUUAGCGUUUCAGAGAAACGGGUGACACUGCACGCUGUCAGGAUGGCAGAUGAGGGGAGCUUCACAGUGCUGGACCGAGAGGGCAAAGUCAGGAGGAGGAACUGUCUGAAUAUCAGAGAGCACCAGAUCUUCAUGCACCUCUCCCAUGGAGAAAACUUGAAGAUUAAACUCUACCUGCACCAUUCCAAUGUCAACGUUGUCUACAGGCCCAAAUCAGAUAAUCAGGACCGGGUCAUCGUAGACCAGGGGGUUCUGAUGACACCACUGGACCCUCUGCUGGAGGGCAGGCUGACAGUGGAGGGGUCCGAGCUCAUCAUGAAGAAGGUCCACGUUGCUGACACGGGUGUCUUCAAAGUAUCAGACCUGGCUGGGUUUCCUGUGGCUCAUGUCUACAUAGAGGUAGAAGCUUAUAAGCUGCCUGCCCUGACUGUAGCCAUCCUCUCCAUGCUGGGCCUGAUCGCCUUCAUGCUGCUGGUGUGCCUGCUGUCCUGUCUGUAUAAAGUACAUAAAAGAAACGAGAAGAACAAGAAACUCAUGCUCAUUGCUCAGCAGGCCGGCAAGGGAGAAGGCGAGGCUUUCAGACAGGUGGUCCAUGAGGCUUACACCAGGUUCACUGAGGAAUCUCUUAUGCAGUCUGUGUCUGAUAAGCCUACGGAGAGCACAGAGGUCACCAUCAAGGGCCUCGAGGUGUCAAAACCGGGCCGCUACCAGGCUCUCAACUCAGACUCCAACUUCCUGGAGAUGAGUGACUCCGGGGUGGAGUUCACCAGCUCUGGCCUCCCUCUAGACAGCGACACCGAUGCUGCAAUGACCUACGCCUCCCACAAGCCCCUCCUGAACGCGGUAUCCCCGACAGCUGUGACCGAAGGAGUUCACUCUGACAGCCUGGAGGCCACCAUGGUCCCCGACGGCAACCUCACCGCCAGCCGAACCCCUGACUCCGCCAUGAGUGCCAGCCCCGCCUCCAAUCCUCGCUCUUUAGCUGCUGGCACCCCGGACGGCAGCCUGCACGGUGCUGCGUCACCGGGAACGGCCUCCAGGGGCACCGCUGGAUCAGAUUCAGCCAAGACAGAGGGAGGGGAUGAGAGCGGAGAAGCUGGGCAGAAAGAGGAAUCAGCUCAGAGCACCUGAGAGGAUCCCCAGGGCGAUAUUUUUUUUUAGCUUGUCUCCUUAUACAGUAAUUACAUCCACAACAAUCUGGCAACAAUCAGGAACCUUAUCAUAUUCAACUCCCACCAAGUCCUUGAUCACCGCAUUUGAAACAACAUCACAGAAAAAAAAUUCACGCUUGGAUCCGGAUGUCAGUGUAGCCUAGAAGAAAAUAUUAAAUGGGCAGCUGCACAAAAUGCACAAUACAAAGUUUUCUGCACUAUGCAUUGAAACAUGAGAUGCAAAAGAGUAACCCCAAGCUCUAUCAAAAGAAGAACAAAGCAAUUCUGUGCAUAUGGAAAAUGCAUGCAUUUAAAUUAAACAUUACAGUAGAUAACAGUUCAGAUCAAUGGGAAAACGCUGAGUAGAGUAGACUGACUGCAUGCAAGCUUCAUCGGGCCACGAAAGCACAGGCUCAAAAAGAAGCUAUGAUGAUGUGAAAAGGGUAAAACACUCUCAGCACUUUUAGGAAAACACCUAAAUGGGAUCAAAAUGAUUUUAGCUCCUGUCGAAAGUUGUCAAAAAAAAUUACAGGAGUUAGACAGUUUGACAGUCGGAGUCAGUACGCUCUGAGGAAUGAGGCAUUAUUUUCUAAGACCAAGGCUACCAACAACAAAAGUAAAGAGCUUCUCCCCUAUUGAGGCAAAUUUCAAUGUGCUGCCUCUGACAGCACUUUUGUCUGCUCUCACGGCAUCAGACAAACACUGCGAUGAUUGCAUUUCAUUCCACCCACACACAGACUCUAUUAUUAACAGUAUAAGCAUGUCAAAAAGCGUCUCCGCCUCUCAGACAGAAGUGCUUGACUCAGCACUUGUUCACCUUUCCAUGGGAAAACCCUCCUCGAUGUCUUUAUUUCUGAAAAAAGAAAACCUGCAAACUGAAACAAGCUCAGAAGAUUGAAUAGCCCCACUCCAAUGGGAGCGCCAGCGGUUGUUUUCCUCUCUCUCUCUCAUAUCUUAGACGUCAAAUCUCUGCCACAUCUGACGGCAUCAUCUAAAGAAACCUGUCGAAAUGUCCACCUCGUUUCACUCACACUAAUGAUGAAUGCCAGAGAAAACACCCACAAAAACAACAGCUAACUGUAGAACCGAUCCUCUUUUUUUUUUCUUUUUUUUUCUCGUCCUCACUGGAGUUGUCACAAGCCUUGUCAGAGAAAAAAAAAUAAAUUCAGAGAAUACUGUGGAACACCUCUGGGACUUCUUGGAACAAUUGCCAAGAACGUAAUUGGAUUCUUGGUCUCUUUGCAGCCAGACCAAAUUCACGGACACCAGGAGUGAGGAGCAGUGGUAAGAGACGGCAGAGCUGGAACAGGGUACUAUUCGGGGAACAGAUAAAUGACUUGCAUGAUUUAAAGCCUCCUAUUUUCAUCUCGGCCCCCAUCCAUCUGACAGAGCUCUCUGAUUAUUGUAGCCCAGUUGUUUGCCAAAAUGAAGUGACUGGAAAGACGCAGUGGGAUCAAUCUGCGAUAACGACGCUGCCUACACCCCCAACGGAUGAGACUGAAUAACAGUGAUUAUGAGGUGUGUCUGUAUGUGUGUGUAUGUGUGUGUGUGUGUGUGUGUGUGUGUGAUUGUGUGUGUUGGGAGGGGGAGUUUCGUACAAAGCAACCAACAAUGUUAGACAUUCAGCGUACUGCAUGGAGACAUUAUUCCAUUCAGCUCAUGAAAAAUAGGAAAUGAAAAAGAGGAGGAGAUUCUCAGAGUAUAAAAAUCCUAAAUUAAUGGUUUAACAGACAUCAAUAGGUCAUAUAUUUGCUGCUGGUGCUCUAUGAAUCCAAACCCACCGUUUUACUACUAUUGACGGUAUUGUGUCUCGUUCGAUAUCUCCUCAACCGUCGAAGUAAGGAAGGUCAAAUGUUUACACAUAUUUCAGUUCAAAUGUAUUAAACUGUUCAAGGGCAUUCAGCUCCUAAUAACUUGUAGUUCAUAUUGCUGAUUUUUUUUUUACUGCAAAAGCAUGUAUGAGAAACCUAAAAUAUCACAUAGUCAGGUAGCUUCUGAAUGACAUCCUUCUAAAUUCUGUAGUCCUACAUUUUAAGCUUAAGUUUUUAUAGGUGACCAGAUUAGCAGUGGUUCAUUUAAUUACACACUGAACAAAAAUUAACACAUUUUGUGGGAGAAGAAAGACAGAAAGAAAGAAAGAUUGAGUUGAGAGGGUGGCAAUAGUGGCAUGGAACAGCUUCAAAUAAAUCUAAAAGAGCAUGAACAGCUUCAAUUAGAUUUAGCUCCUACAGCCCCAACAACCGCUUUUGACUAAUUAGUUUCCUCUCCUUGCCGUGGCAAAGGACUGUGGGCUAAUUCAGGUCACAGAAAACCGAAUUACACCAAAGAUAUUUCACAAAACGAGAGCGAGACAUCACACACUCGGUCCAUACAUGUCCUUCCAUCCACAAUCUGUCACGCUCAUAUAGAGUAGAGAACACUUUCACACAUUUAGAUUUGUAACCAAUCAACCACUGAAUUAAUCCAAACCACAAUGAUCUUCAUCAUAACAAGGCUCCGCCAUCUCGAGGAUCCCGUUUAGUUGCCGCUGUUGUUGUUGUUGCCAUUGACAGCUGUUAGCAGUAGGGCUACCUCAUGUUGCAAAUGACUUGAUGUCAACCCGAGAAAUCUGCAAGAUUUAAUGAUCAAUACCUCUGAGUGUUACUAAAAGCAGUCAGACAGACACAGAUGUUUUGGUGUCUGGUAAAGAAAAGCACAAAAUUAAACUUGCGUGAACCUUUUGAAACAUAAAAAGGUUCACAUUGUUAUAAAAAGGGGUAAAAAAUAAGUAGCAGCUAUUGUAAAUAUAAUAUAUUCAUCCGCAAAAAAAAAAAAAAAAGACUAGAAUAACUAGUUCCCUUCUUAUUCAGGAAAUUUUGGAUUUAUUCACUGCAGAGGUAAAAUGUUGAAUAAAAGAAUUAUAAGUGUGUAAAAUGACUUACCCUACUUACAUGUCAUUGAAUUAUUGAUUUUGUAUGGUUUUAUAGGGCAGUGCUUUUGCUCAUGCAGGGACUUCUUGACUUAAUCACAUAUAUAUAUAUAUAUCUUAAUACUAAAAGGCAACAGUAAAGCUCCUCAAACUGACUCUGUGUGUCAUGUAAAUAUCAGGUGGAUUCACAUAAGCUCUAAUAGGAAAGAUGAUGGCUGUCUUUGGGUGAAUGACAAAUUGAUGGUCAAAGGGUUUUUAAUUCAAUCUAAAGCAAUAUUAAUGAUAAUGGCACACAACAACACUCACAGGGAAGGAAACAGAAACAAAACAUAGCACAUAUGUCAUCAGUCACUCUUAAUCAUCCCUUUUCUCACUGUUGUAAAAUAUAAAAAUAUGUGAUAUGCAUGUGUAUAGUGUGGAAAUACUAAUAUGUUUCUUACUGCAAGGCUUAUGCAAGAUUUUAUACUAUUAAAACGCUGCAUUGAUCCUUUAACCACAUGUCCACAGUAGGUAGAAAACUAACACACAGUGCUGGAGAUGCCUUCAGCUGGGAAGACUCUCUGGUUUUUUUCCCGCUCAUUUCUUGUUUACAUGUUUGAAUCACAGUGAUGCUGUGAGUGAAAUCCUUUCAUCAAAGUUUGAUUCAGCAGGGUUGGAGUAUCAGGUGUGCACUGUUUUUAUUUUAUUUUAUUUUACCAGGUAGUUUUAUUUAGACUUAGAAUCUGUUUUCAAGAACAGGCUAACAAAGCAGGACCAGGAGAGACAAUAUGCAGGAAACCAACGUGCUGUACAGUGAUAUCGGAAAACAGUCAAAGUGUGUAUUUACACAAAUAUUGACUAUUCAAUUAAAUUAAGUUACUGAGGAGGUGAAAAAAGAUGCCUGGUUUAAAAAAAUAUAUUCCAUGAGGGGAAAAUACGCUUUGUUUGCUGUCUGGGAGUUAACUUUAGGAGAUGUUUAGCCCAGCUUUGCUAUCUGCUGUUGGUCAGUAAACUGCUCUCAUGCUAAGCUAACCGCUCAUUAAGCUAGCUGCUUAUUAAGCAGUUAGCUUAAUGAGCAGUUAGCAUGAGCAAUAUCUUAUUUUCUAUUUCUAAAUGUGUUAAACUGACACACACAAGUAGCCACAUUUGAGUUGUUAAAAGGGACCUUUGAUGGAAGUAGGCUAGCUUAGCUAACACAUUUCAGAUGACACAAAGGUGACAUUGUAGAUAUUUUCAUUCAACUUCUGCUAAUACUGUCUUCACGUCGUAUUGUACAGACUGUGAUUAUCAGCAGCUCAAUGGGGAAAAAAACAUUGUAAUUCCCAGUCCUGGUGAUAUUGGGAAUUUCUAACAGUUGCAAUAUCUCCCACUUAAUGAAAAGAACUGCAGCAGUAUCAACAAAUUGGUUGCAAAAUGGCUGCAAAGCCACUAUUUCUGGCAAUUACAUCUGGAUAAAAUCUCAUGGUAACACUAAUAUAGUCGAUUCAGCUGAUUAAAAAAAGACUUAUACACCACUUAUCUAUUUUUACUCGUUAACAAACCACCACAAAUAUGUAACAUAAUGGAAAAAAAGCUAAUGGAAGAUAUUUAUCUGGUGUGAUUACACGGUGAUUACAAGCUACUAAGUAGGAAUAUAAAGGGGUUUUCUAUUCCUCCCACUCUGCCAACAUUGCUUGGAAAUAGCAUAAGAAGGCAAAUCAACAUAUUACCUAAAAUGCCUGAUGUGAUUUGUUAAAUGAUGUGAAAUAAACAGAUUUACACCCCGAUUACAACAAAUUCAAGCCUUUGUAGAGUGCUAGAUAUCACUCAUAAGUCAAAUAAUAUUUGCAGAGAAUGCUUAAUGGUACUUAGAUAAGAUGACACAAGGACAAUUUAGAUAAAUGAAUUGACCUUUUCAGUGACGUUAUCAGAUUUAAAUACACGGAUUGGAAAUUUCAUACAUUACAAAGCCUCUGUUGGAGGGCACUUUUUGUGUUUUUGCAGGGUCAAGGGGCACAAACCUCCUAUGGAUGUCAGCAUGUAGCUGUAGGAAUAAUAAUACUGUAAGUUCAGGCAAUCACAGCUGACGUAGGCUUUAUGAAAGGAUUUCACUUUCUGUCUUUCAGCCUCGCUCUGAUGUUUUCUGUUUCAUUACACAUCCGAGCCGCUAUUCACAAAGCCUCUCGGAGCAGGAGUGCUGAUCCCUGUGUGGAUAGAGGGAGAUUUGAUGAAAUGUUCUUUCAGUUCUGGUAGAUUCGCUCCUCUGUUAAUCUACUGUUCUCAGUAAUUCCAGAGAAUAUGAUGAAAAACCAUAAAAUGAUGUCUGCAGUGUGGCUGUUUGCUAAUACCUCUGAUCACAAUAGAAAUUCUCUUUAGCACAAAAUAGUGUUGGAGAAACUGUCAACCACGGCUAAUGACACUGAGAUCAAUACAUUUUAAUUCACUCCAGUUCAAUUCUGUGAUUUAAUUUAGUUGUAUCUGUUGAUUCAUGGCAGAUAAUUGGAGAAAAUCAUUGAAAACCACUGAUCUUUUUCACUCUAAGCUCAACCAUAAGCACAAUAUUUCAUAGUAAGAACAUUUUAUGAAUAAGGAACCCACUCUCUUUUGGAGGAACUGAUCCCACUUUAACAGCACUCCUACUCUGGGCUACAUUGUGAAUUAUUCAGUGAUGCAUUGCACCCCAUUUGCUCGGAAAUUGCUUUGUAGUAACACAUCUUUCCCCAUUGUGAUACUCCCAGCACCUGAGAAUGUUUUUUUAUACAAGAGAAAAAAAAAUGAAAAUGUAUUCCUAAAAAUAAUGUAGAAUUUUCAUAUAACCUGUGUGUUUACUUUACUGGGACAAACGUAUGUCAUCCUAAAAUAGAUGAGUGCAUUUGCAGAAAAUCACACCUCCUUUGAAAGAAUGAACAUGCUUGAAUACAUUUCAUCGUCAGAACUUUUUGUAGCAUCACAUUUAGCAUCAAAAAAACAAAACAAAAAAAACAACACUACUAUCGCUAAUAACGUGCUUAGUAUUUCUCCUUACUCUGAUAUUAUAGCCUAUAACUGCUGUCCAAGUGUAUACCUAAGAGGUUGUGUAACUGCAGCAUGCUGACCUGUAGAUUGCUUGUGGGACAGCAGCUGUGAUGCUGAUAGCUAAUAACGAUAGUAAUAAUAUGAAUUGCACUUUUCUGUAAAGCUUGCCUCCUGAGUCUAUCCUGAUUUUGUUAAUUUCUCACCUGUCGCUGACAUCUGGCUCUGGUUUCCCACAAUCCUCCUGACUCCUUAAAUUCACUUUCCACUGCUGGCAUUCAACUGAGCGUGACAGUUAAGGGAGAAUACCAGUGUUUUUUUUUUUUUUUUUUUAAGGUUGCUGCCAAUCAUCCAAGGCGCUUUUAUUUGUUGUUGAUGUCAGUCUAGCUUGAAAAAGAAGAAGCUGUUUGCUGCCGUUCAUUAUUGUAAAAUAUGACACAUUAAAUAUAUAUAUGAAAUAUGAAAACACGGAGUACCUAUUUGGCACAGAAAAACUUUGUGUUUUAUUGUUAUGGUAUCUGAGCUGAGUGUUUAAUGUUACACUCUGUUCUGUCAAUCAUAGGAAGAAGUCGUCUCUGCAGUAAACAAGUCGCCUUACUAACUUUGUCAUGUCACUCACGUCUUUAAGCGUGUCUUUGACAUGACGUCAUAACUUUUGUAUUUUAAUUUAAAAUGAAUCAAAUAGCAAAAAUCAAUCAAAAACUGACACUAGUGUUCUCCUUUAACAUCACAUCUGAUACAUUAUAAAUACUCUUUAUGACUCCUUUGCAGCCAUGAAGCUGAUGUUCAUUUAAAUGCUUCUAAACUAACAUAUAUGAUGUGGUCUUCAGGGUCAUUAAAGUUAUUUUAUGUGGAUUAAAUAUUAUGCUAAUAUGUUGAAUGCAAUGAUAAGUGGAUGUAUUACAUAUCAUGGCCAGUCUUUUCAUAAAUCUCUCCAUAGACUUUCAAAUCUCCUGGUUAUAAAAUGGUUUUGGGAAACCGCAGGGUCAGGAUGGCUCUUGAGGCUAAAUUAGAUCCUAUCUGUUGUUUUAGCCCUUGACUCAGUCAGGAGAAGUAUUGUGAUCGUCAAUAUUACUAGAUAUACAGUACCAGUCAGCAGUCUGGACAUACCUUCCCAUUCACUUGAAUGAGAAAAUGUAUCCAAACCUUUGACUGGUACUUUAUAUAUCUACAUAUACAGUAUGGUAUUUUAUUAUUAUAAAAUACAACGUAAAUCCUUUAAAAUAAGAUACAUCAGACUUUCUUUUUGACUUGAUCUAGUCCUGUAUCUGCAAAUUAUUUACUUCACUGUCUGUAAUUUAUUUAUGAUAAUGGUUUAUAAUGUAAAGCCUCGAUGAUGGUGAUUGAAAAACCUUGUUUUGUUUCAGUUACAUCCAGGUUGCAUAAGAAAUGUAUGUUAAAAUCAAGACAGUAUGAAUCUCAUUGUUAAAUCUGUGUGAAUCCUCAUGGCAUGCUGGUAUGAAGCUCUGAAAAACUAACAAAUACAGAAUUUAAGUUCAGUGUUGCACCAUUGGGUUUAAGUUUAAAUGUUGAUUUAGUCCCGAUUAAUUCAUCUCUAUUGUCAUUGAUCGAGCAACAUGUGCAAUAAGCAUCGAACCAUGAAAGUGUUCAGGAUCGUUUAGAUUGUUGUAAGUGAAAUGCAAUUUUAGAUCAUGUGUAUGCUUCUUAUAUAAGAGUUCAGAUUUAAUUUGCCAAACCAAGGUAAUCAUUGACUUUUACAAUGCUUCCCUGUACUGCCAUGAACAAGCGACCACACGUCCUCGUUUGCUUGAAGAAUAAACCAGUGAUUAUUUAUAUACUAUAUAAGACCUUUUGGCAUCCUGCACAGACUUUUGUAAAGCUUCUCUUUUUCUGUGAAUGAAUAAUUCCAAUUAAACGAAUUUUCAACA